AUGAACGGCGACAGUUAUUCGUCCCGUGGUGGUUUGUCUCCCUUCUCACGUUUGCAGUCUACUCUAAUGAAAGCCUGGCUAACGAUUUGUGAUGACAAUGCAGAGGGCCGAAGCGGUCGAGAUUAUACUUCUGCUAGGGGCGAACGAGAUGACCGCCGCGACCGCCAUAGGGACCGGGAUCGUGAGCGAGACCGCGACAGGGACCGUCACCGUGAUCGCAGAAGAUCAAGAUCACCAGACCACCGCGGUGGCCAUCGUCGUGGAGAUGGAGGUGAUGUAGACGCUUAUUCGUCUAGCCGCAAUCAUCGCGAUAGAGAGCGGGAGGACAGAUACUCGGGACGCGACCGACGUGGAGAGCGUGAAUGGGAUCGUGACCGAGGAUCCUCACGCAGAGAUGCCCGUCGCGACGACGACGAGAGACCCAACAGACGAGACCGAGAUGGUUUUGACGAUCGUCGCCGCGGUGGCCGUGGUGCAGACCGACGUGACGACGGUGGCUUUGCCAGGCAAGAAAGCCGUAGAAGCGCGACGCCCCCGAAGCCACGAGAACCAACUCCAGAUUUGACAGAUAUUAUACCGGUGCUGGAACGCAAGAGAAGGAUGACUCAAUGGGAUAUUAAGCCCCCUGGCUACGAGGUGGUCACUGCCGAGCAGGCAAAGCUUUCCGGCAUGUUCCCAUUGCCUGGAGCCCCGCGACAGCAGCCCAUGGACCCGAGCAAGCUGCAAGCCUUUAUGAAAGAACCAAACGGAGGUGUCUCAAGCGCUGGCCUGAAAGCAAGCAAUUCCCGUCAAGCAAAGCGGCUCAUUCUCUCCAACAUUCCUGCAGGAAACGAUGAAGAGAGCAUUCUAUCCUUCUUCAACCUCCAGCUCAAUGGCCUAAAUGUCAUUGAGAGCUCAGACCCGUGUAGUCUAUGCCAGUUCUCCACUGAUCGAUCUUUCGCCGUUUUGGAAUUCAGGAAUGCAGGUGAUGCUACAGUAGCUCUUGCCUUGGACGGCAUAUCUAUGGAGCCGGAUGAUGCUCCGAAUGGAGCUGGCGGUGAGCAACGGGGUUUAUCAAUUCGACGGCCCAAGGACUAUGUUAUGCCGGCUAUUCCAGAGGAAAUGGCAUACGACCCCAGUGUCGUAUCAAAUGUUGUCCCCGACACGGUGCACAAGUUAUCUAUCACCAACAUACCGUCUUUCCUUACCGAGGAACAAAUUAUUGAGCUCCUUGCCGCAUUCGGAAAACCCAAGGCGUUUGUUCUUGUCAAAGACCGAAGCACUGAGGAAUCAAGGGGAAUUGCUUUCGCGGAGUAUAUCGACCCUGCUUCUGCUAAUGAGCCUGCGCUGAGUGCUUUAAACGGCAUGGACGUUGGUGGUAAAAAGUUGAAGGUCGCAAAAGCUAGCAUUGGCCCUACGCAAGUGGCCAAUUUCGACGUUGGCAUCACAGCCAUUAGCGGUCUCGCAUCUCAGACAUCCAACGAUGCAGAGAAAGGACGCGUCCUGCAGCUCCUCAACAUGGUUACUCCCGAGGAGCUUAUGGAUACUGAGGAAUACGAAGAAAUCUGCGAAGAUGUUCGGGAAGAAUGCUCCAAGUUUGGCAACAUCCUGGAACUCAAGAUUCCCCGCCCGGUUGGCGGUAGUAGGCAGUCUGCGGGAGUCGGCAAGAUUUUCGUCAAAUUCGAUACCCCAGACUCUUGCCACAAGGCAUUGACGGCACUGGCGGGCAGAAAGUUUGCGGACCGAACCGUUGUUACUACAUAUUUUCCCGAAGAAAACUUCGAUGUGGGUGCCUGGUAA